AUGGAGCUCCAUCUCCUCUCCCUAACCGUCCUCCGCUUCUUCUUCCUCAGCCUUUCCCAUGGCCUCAACCCCGAUUGCAACAUCCCUGACAGUGGUUCGAGCCUCCAGGUUUUUCAUGUCUUCAGCCCUUGCUCUCCCUUUAGACCUUCCAAGCCCGUUUCUUGGGAAGAACAUGUGCUGCAAAUGCAGGCCAAGGACCAGGCCCGCGUGCAGUUAUUGUCCAGCCAUGUGGCUGGAAAAUCUGUUGUGCCUAUCGCCUACGGCUGGCAGAUUAUCCAGAGCCCUAUUUAUAUUGUGAGGGCAAAUAUCGGAACCCCUGCUCAAACUAUGCUAAUGGCUGUGGAUACCAGCAAUGAUGCCGCUUGGAUCCCUUGCACUGGCUGUGUUGGUUGUGGCUCUACUGUCUUCAACCCAGCUAAUUCUUCUUCUUUCAAGCCUGUUGGUUGCCAGGCCCCUCAAUGCAAACAGGUACCAAACCCCACUUGCGGUGGCACUACCUGCUCAUUCAACCUCACCUACGGUGGAAAAUACGGCCGCUCCACCGUUGAAGCCAACCUUUUACAAGACAGCAUCACCCUAGCCACUGAUUCAAUCCCCGAUUACACCUUCGGCUGCAUAGCAAAAGCCAUAGGCAGCUCUGUGCCUCCCCAAGGUCUACUAGGCCUGGGCCGCGGCCCCUUGUCGCUUUUGUCGCAAAGCCAAGACUUGUACCAAUCCACAUUUUCUUACUGCCUUCCUAGCUUCAAGUCUGUUAACUUCUCUGGGUCAUUGAAGCUUGGGCCCAAGGGCCAGCCCAUUAGGAUCAAAUCCACACCAUUGUUGGAAAACCCUAGAAGACCUUCACUUUACUAUGUGAAUUUGACAGCAGUUAGGGUUGGAAUAAGAGUUGUUGACAUUCCUCCUAGUGCUUUUGCAUUUGAUCCCACAACUGGUGCAGGGACCAUCAUUGAUUCUGGUACGGUUUUCACUCGUUUAGUCAAACCAAUAUACACAGCGGUCAGAGAUGCAUAUCGGAGACGAGUGGGUGUCAAUUUAACGGUGACAACUCUCGGUGAGUUCGAUACGUGCUACUCAAUCCCAAUAGAUGCACCAACAAUAACAUUGAUGUUCUCGGGGAUGAAUGUGACACUCCCACAAGAGAACCUACUAAUCCAAAGUACAACAGGCAACAUCACAUGCCUAGCAAUGGCUGCUUCGCCUGACGAUAUUAACUCAAAUGUGAAUAUAAUAGCCAACAUGCAGCAACAAAACCACAGGUAUCUUUUCGACGUGCCCAAUAAAAGGCUCGGUGUUGCUCGUGAGCCCUGCAGCUGA